AAUGGCUGCUCUAAAGUGUCGGAGUGUCAGGGAAAAUGGAAUCAGGACUUCUGCUUGCCCAUAAUUAAUGAUUUUCAUCCUACAACGGCUCCUCUCCGUGGCAGCACCACAAUCACCAUUUGUGGAAGAGAUUUCCAGUCCCAUCAGGUGUACAAUGAGCCAGCCAACACGCCGGUUACGGUGGAGACGCACAAAGUGAUGGUCGGCCAGCGGACCUGUGUUGUCAAUCCAGAGCAGAGCGACACCAGAAGGCUGGUAUGUACGUUACAAAGAGACGGCCUUCCAGAUUCUGCGUCACCUGCAGAUGUCAUUGUCACCAUCAGAGAAAAUCUAAAAGAUGUUAAUUAUUACAUAGAUGGAAGUGCUGCGGCG